CAAGUUGUUUGUCCCCUACCUCUAGCUGUUUCUGAAAUGUUUGCAAUCUCUGAUGGUGGACAAGAGAUGUGGAGAAGAAAGAGUAGAGACACUCCAGGAGAUCAACGCAGAGUCUUUGUUUUCUCCACGUUUGGGAAGCCAAGAAAAAAAACAAUAACAAAAGAAGUCCUUUUGGCUGUGACUGACAAGGUUCGAGCCACAACCAAAACAAAAGACAAUGAUGAAGGUGACGAGAAAGCCACUUUCUGGGGCGAGGUGUGUCAGGAGCUUGGAAUUCCGGAUUCCAAGACCAAUAGGACACGGCUUCAUCAUGCCUAUAAUCAUCAUAAAAAGAUGAGACACAAGACACAGAUGGUGACCGCAGCACCUGCCAGCCCAUCGACAGACAGUGACCACACAGUGCCUACUACCCCAUCGUCGGAUACACAGGCAUUCACAGAGACAAGUGAACCAGAAGACGUUUCAGAGUGUAAUUCAUCAGGGACAUAUGACUCCUCAUCACACUCAAAAGAUGGGCAACUCUUACACUCAUUUAAAUUGCCUUCAAAUCCUUAAUUUUUUUGUCACGAAAAGUGACUGGAAGAAACUGAGGAUGAGACAACAUAAGCGUUGAUUCAAAUCUUUAAACUGGACUUCAGUCAUGGCCGCUGGCAUCCGGAGUGUCCACCACACUGUUGCUUUGUCUUCAAAUCUCACAGUGUGCGAACAGUUGGGUCAAAAAGGAAAGGGUCACUUUUUUCAUGUGUUGGCUACUGUCGAUUUGAUGACUGCCCUGUGGAGGUCGAAGUUGACAUUGAGGAUGAUUCAUCCCUUAAGGCAGUUGUGACCUUCAGAGGUGAAAAAGCAUGGCACAACUGUGAAGAACUCAAACAUCGGCCUGUGCGUGCAGAUGAAAGGGAUACACUUGCUAAUGCCCUCACCAGCAAACUUCCCAGAAGUGUGUACCUUGAUAAGCUCAAUAAACUGGAUGACACUGUGUUGGCUUCUGGAAACAGAGACCAGGUACCAUCAACUGGUGUAAUGAAAACAUUGUCCUGGCAGGCAAGAAAGAAGCUGAGAAAACACAGCAAUGAAAUGAUCAGCCUCAGAAAAAUGAUGGAGGAAGAGCUUGAGACUGAGGAAGCAGUCAUUAAAAAAAUUAUAGCACACCCCAAAGGAGUCAUGCUAUGGUCCAACAAAACAAUUGACCUCUUCCAUGACAGGUGCAGGGAAGACAUUGUAUAUGUGGAUGCGACAGGGAGCAUUGUUAAAAAGGCAAAAGGGAAAACCUCACCUUUUUAUGUGUAUGAGAUGGUGGUCCGAAAUCCGUUCAAAGGAUCCUCCCCUGUCCCUGUGGCCACCUACAUCACAAACGACCACACAACAGCCUCCAUAUCCUUUUUCCUUGGGUCAUUUCUGACUGAUGUAAUAAGACUCCAUGGAAGGGGAGCCAAACAAAGGCCUGUCAUGCUGAUCUGUGAUGGCUCUACAGUCCUCAUGGAGUCCAUGGCCUAUAAUUUCUGUGGAGUCAGCCUCCAGGAACUUCUCUCCAGGUACUACAGCAUCGUAACUGGACAGGCAAAGCAUGAUUGCAUAAGGCUACCAAUCAUGCAUCGCUGUCUCAGUCAUGUGAUGAAAAAUGCUAAGGACCUAUGUCGAAAACAUGCCGCCAAACAUUACCACCUGGCUAUGCAUGUUUUUGGACUGAUGACACAGGCCACCACAAUGUCCGAGCUGGAUGAAGUUGUCACCAGUGCUGUGGUGGUAUUCUCCAGCUCCCACAGUGACAGAAAUGUUGGAAAACAUUUUGAAAAUCUCCAAGGACUACUGACAAACUCAGCACAGUCAAACUUGGACGAUUCAACCAUUGUGGAAGACUGUGUGAAUGAUAUCGGACCUACGCCCUUCAAACAGCAUUUUGAGGACUUAAUAACCCAAACAGUUAUUGAGAAAUCUGGUGAUGACAACAUGUACUUCUGCCCGACUUUCAUCCCUUCCUUGCUUAAGUAUUUUCUGCCCCUGGCUGGUCUGUGGUCUGGCCUACUCUUGGGUGACCUUGGACGCCAUGGAACAGGGACCAUUUAUCAGAAACUUUCCCAGAAGUACAAAAGUGCUGCAAAAAAACCCACACAAAAUUACACAGAGGACAACAAAACUCAAGGGAUAAUGGAAAAAAGCCAGUGGGACCUCAAAAAGAUCAGUUUUCAACGGAGACGUCUGACCAGGCUGGACGAUUUUGUACAUACAUACAAAGUCACCUUGAGCGCCCUGCUAAGGGAAUAUGGCGACUCUCUGAGGAGGGGGAAGAAGACCCAUCGUGUGGACAUGGAGCGAUGGAAAAAAAGAAAGCAGAACAGGCGAGGAGUUUAUGUGACACCCAUAAACAAGCCUUUUGUUUUCAGACAGCACAAGAAGAAUCUCAUGCUGAAGACAAAAACAGCAAAAGCUCCAGCUCCACUACAAAAACAAGAGCCAGGUGAAACGGAAGCACAUAUUCCAUCACAGGAUCCAAAAGACAAGGCAAGACAAGGUCAAUCUUCAUCCACAUCAGACAUGACGGAGCAUGCUGAGGAUGACGCACAGGGAGGUAAAGUGGAUGCUUCAUCAGAGCUGACCGCGUUGUGGGAAAAAAAAAAAAGGACACUGAGGUGGUGGUGUCUGUAGUCCCCACUCAAAUAAGAGGCAACAGUUUUACCAUCCGUCACUCUGACAUGCGGACCCUUAGACCACACCAGUGGCUUACAGGCGAGAUCAUCGAGUGUCUUUUCCAUAUACAUGCACAUAAAUGUGAACUGGGGACGAGGAUUUAUAUUCUCAACCACUACUCAGCUGGUGUGAUCCUCUUUGGGAAAAGAGAAGAGGUCAUGAAGCACACUUUGUCAAAAGUAACUUAUGUUUCUAUUGAGGAUAACUACAAAGAUACACUUUGACAGCUAUGGAGCUAUUGUGUCCUUUGUACAUGUAGACGGUAUACACUGGAAAUGUCUGUACAUCAAUGCUGAAGAAAGCACAGUGUAUUUGGCAGAUCCUGCACGCAACUCUGCAGAGCAGGCAGAGUCAGACAAUGCUGCCAAUGCUGCCAACAAAUUCAGUGAUUACUUCAAAAUGAGGAGGACCUGCUGCAGUAAGACAGACUGGGUAGACAUAAAAUGGAAGGGAGGAGUAAUGAAACACCCAGUACAGCAGGAUGGCAAUAGCUGUGGGGUAGUUGUCUGCAUGAUGGCAAAGGAGGUCAUGGAAGUGUUUCCUAAAACACCAACAAUGGCCUUUGGGACCACAAAAAAGGAGAUGGCGCAUCAAAGAAAAGUGUUGGCCAUGGAAAUACUGACAGCAUCAGGUGCAUGCUACUUUUUCAAAAUUUCAAUUCAAUUGUGAUAUUGUUGUACUUGAGAUGUAACAUUAGCAUUUUCUUUUCAUCAGUGUUUGACAAAGAAGUCAACUGUGCCAUGUGUGCCGGCAUAAAACCACCCGGCUCAGUGCCACAUCACACCCACACUGACUGGAUUCAGUGUGACAGCUGUUUCCGGUGGUGCCACACACAGUGCCUGCAUAUGGACCAAAAGUCUCUUGAAGAGGCACAAGUUGGGGACUGGGUUUGCUCUCUGUGUGACAAAUAAUGUAUGUGCAUAAACAUGCGGUUGCUGUAUGUCCUAUAUUUUUUUUUAAAAAGGCACCAGCUGGGGACUGGGACUCCAGACUUUUCCAAAAAGCAGGGGAUGUGGUUGCUGUGAAAUAGUUUUCAUUUAUAUGCUCAAUUUGAUAUAUUUAAAAUCUAUAUUUGAGAUUUGUUUAACUAAGAAGUGACCGUUGAAUAAAUAUUGCAAAACAAAUCCUAUAUCA